ACUCGCAGCCCAGGCUCAGUCGCAGCCCCUCGGAGUCCGGAGCCCGCCGCCCCUGCGGACCGGACAGUGCGGCCGGCGGCCGGGACGGAGCCCCCAGCCCGCGAGGAGGGCGCGGCGCAGGCGGCGGCGGCGGCGCGGCGGGGAGGAGCCCGGGCCGGAACCAGGGCUGGGCUGGGGGCGGGGACGCCGGGGUCCGGGAGCCCGGGAGCCGGAGCGAGCUGACGAGCGUCGCGGAAGGACCGGGAAGGAGGAGCGGAGCCGCAGCGAGCCAAGCAGCCCAUAAAGUGCGAUGCCCCGGCGGGGUUGAGGCGCGCGGCGGUCGGCGCGGCGCGCUGGGAGGACGCCCGGGAGCUGCGCGGCGCUGGGCGGCGCGGAGGGGCAGCCCCGGCGGGCGGCGGCGGGCCCGGGCUGCGACCGGAGCGAGCCCCAUGCCCCGCGCGGGCUGACGGGCCGGAGCCCGCACGGAGCGGCCGGGCGGGACAGGUACCGCUAGAGCGACAUGAUGGUGGAAUCUGCCUCGGAGACAAUCAGGUCGGCUCCAUCUGGUCAGAAUGGUGUGGGCAGCCUCUCUGGGCAAGCCGAUGGCAGCAGCGGCGGGGCCACAGGGACAACUGCAAGUGGCACGGGCAGGGAAGUGACCACAGGUGCAGACAGCAAUGGUGAGAUGAGCCCCGCGGAGCUGCUGCACUUCCAGCAGCAACAGGCUCUCCAAGUGGCCCGGCAGUUCCUGCUGCAGCAGGCCUCAGGCCUGAGCUCCCCAGGGAACAAUGAGAGCAAACAGUCUGCCUCUGCUGUGCAGGUGCCUGUGUCGGUGGCCAUGAUGUCGCCACAGAUGCUUACCCCGCAACAGAUGCAGCAGAUCCUGUCGCCCCCGCAGCUGCAGGCCUUGCUCCAGCAGCAGCAAGCCCUCAUGCUCCAGCAGGAGUACUACAAGAAGCAGCAGGAGCAGCUCCACCUGCAGCUCCUCACCCAGCAGCAGGCUGGGAAGCCGCAGCCCAAAGAGGCACUGGGGAACAAGCAGCUGGCCUUCCAGCAGCAGCUCCUGCAAAUGCAACAGUUGCAGCAGCAGCACCUGCUCAACCUGCAGAGGCAGGGGCUGGUCAGCCUGCAGCCCAACCAAGCCUCGGGGCCCCUCCAGACCCUUCCGCAAGCAGCUGUUUGCCCAACAGACCUGCCCCAGCUGUGGAAGGGUGAGGGUGCCCCCGGGCAGCCUGCCGAGGACAGCGUCAAGCAGGAGGGGCUGGACCUCACUGGCACGGCCGCCACCGCUACCUCGUUUGCCGCUCCCCCCAAGGUCUCACCCCCCCUCUCCCACCAUACUCUGCCCAACGGACAGCCCACUGUGCUCACAUCUCGGAGAGACAGCUCUUCCCACGAGGAGACCCCCGGCUCCCACCCCCUGUACGGACACGGAGAGUGCAAGUGGCCAGGCUGUGAGACCCUGUGUGAAGACCUGGGCCAGUUUAUCAAACACCUCAACACAGAGCAUGCCCUCGAUGACCGGAGUACAGCCCAGUGCCGGGUACAGAUGCAAGUGGUGCAGCAGCUGGAGAUCCAGCUCGCCAAGGAGAGCGAGCGGCUGCAGGCCAUGAUGGCCCACCUGCACAUGCGGCCCUCGGAACCCAAGCCCUUCAGCCAGCCACUGAACCCGGUCCCCGGCUCCUCCUCAUUCUCCAAGGUGACCGUCUCUGCAGCAGACUCGUUCCCAGAUGGUCUCGUGCACCCCCCGACCUCGGCCGCAGCCCCUGUCACCCCCCUACGGCCCCCUGGCUUGGGCUCUGCCUCCCUGCAUGGUGGGGGCCCAGCCCGUCGGAGAAGCAGCGACAAGUUCUGCUCCCCCAUCUCCUCAGAGCUGGCCCAGAAUCAUGAGUUCUACAAGAACGCCGACGUCCGGCCCCCCUUCACCUACGCCUCCCUCAUCCGCCAGGCCAUCCUGGAAACCCCUGACAGGCAGCUGACCUUGAAUGAGAUCUAUAACUGGUUCACCAGGAUGUUCGCCUAUUUCCGCAGAAACACUGCCACCUGGAAGAACGCCGUGCGCCACAACCUCAGCCUGCACAAGUGCUUCGUCCGCGUGGAGAACGUCAAGGGUGCCGUGUGGACUGUGGACGAGCGGGAGUAUCAGAAGCGGAGACCGCCAAAGAUGACAGGGAGCCCCACCCUGGUGAAGAACAUGAUCUCGGGCCUCAGCUAUGGAGCACUUAAUGCCAGCUACCAGGCCGCCCUGGCCGAGAGCAGCUUCCCCCUCCUCAACAGCCCUGGCAUGCUGAACCCUGGCUCCGCCAGCAGCCUGCUGCCCCUCAGCCACGAUGACGUGGGUGCCCCCGUGGAGCCGCUGCCCAGCAACGGCAGCAGCAGCCCUCCUCGCCUCUCCCCGCCCCAGUACAGCCACCAGGUGCAGGUGAAGGAGGAGCCAGCAGAGGCGGAGGAAGACAGGCAGCCUGGGCCUCCCCUGGGCGCCCCUAACCCCAGCGCCUCGGGGCCUCUGGAAGACAGGGACCUGGAGGAGGAGCUGCCGGGAGAAGAACUGUCCUAAGGGCCUGUAGGGACCGGCAGGGCAGGGGUGAGACCCCUCCCUUCCAGAAUCCAGGCCCCAUCUCCCCCCACUCCACAGCCCCUCCCGAGCCUCAAGGCAAAUCCAGGACUCAGACGGGGGAGGCCCGGGCCAGCAGCUCCCAGUGUGACCUGACAAAAACACGUAGGGGCAGGACGGUUCCCACCCCCAGGGACACAACCCCUGGUCUCGGACCAGUAGAGGACACGGAGGGUUCAGACCCCUCCUCAGACCCUCCCCACAUCUGAAACCGCCUCCCCCCAACCACCAGCAGCAGCAGGGCCCUCCUCCCCCACCAGCUAUCCCCACAGGGCCCCUCAGCACCAUGGAGACCCGCAGGCGGGGCUUAGCCACCCCUCUCAAACCCAGGGCCCCCGGCACCUCUCUCUGGCCCCUGGCUCUGGCCGUGUUUUCUGGCCAGAGGCCCCCACUUUCCUAACUCGUGCUCCCUUCUGCCGCCUUUUCCGUACUGUGAAGAAAGAACUCUCCACCCCCAGCUCCCACCCUGCCCUGGCCUGAGUGGAGGAACUGUUCCUCCAUCCCCAGAAGAAACAGCCCCGUCUGCUGCUGGGGUGGGACUGUCUGUGUGCCCUGUGGGGGUCCGUGUGAGCAGGCCCACCUGGCUCCAGCCCUGCCCCCAACCUGAGACAGAACCCGGCUGAGCCAGGCCUCCACCCCCACCCCCGUUUGCUGGGGGAUCCUCCAGCCGCCCCCAUGGGAAGAGGCCUGGUACUGCCUCACCCACAGAGGUCUGUGCCAGGUGUGCUUCUGCAGGUGGAGCCAAGCUCCCCCUGAGGCCAGAGGCGGGGGCCUGGGCCGGGAGCCCAGGGGAAGGCCAGGCUGGACCCCGGCUCCACACCCACAUCCAGCCUGCAGGCCUCUCUGCAGUCCUCUCACACUCCCUCAGCUCCCCUUCCUCUGCAGUCGCCCUCAGCUCCCCUUCCCUGCCCGCCUCUUCCCCCCACGGCCCCCCUCCCCCCCCAGUUAAACGGAUGACCAAAGACCUUUCUUAUGCCGGAAGCAAAAACCAAAACUUUUUGUUGGCUUUUUCCUUUGUCGCCUCCCCAGCACCUGCCCUCCCAUUCUCCCCCCCCGGCCCCCGGCUGGAAGCCCUCCCUCCACUUAAGUUAUUGUUUUAAACCAAAGUUUACAGUGUCUGUUGGUGGCCAAGACCCUCUCUCUCCACCCCUCCUCCAUCCACCCCGAGGACCCUGGGGCUCAGUGGAGGCAGGGCCCUGCCCCCCUCCCCUCCGCUCCUGCCCAGCCUGGGGGAAGGAGAAAGGAGGAGAGGAAGCAGGCUCUCACCCCGUCAGGAGUGGGCACAGGAGCCCUCCUCCCCGACCCUGGGCUGCUUCCUGGGGGCUCUCCAGACCCCUCUCUAGGACCAAGUCACCCGUCGUGCUGGGAGUGUGGAUUCUAGCAAAAGAGCUGGAAAAAAGUGAGACUCUCCACAGACCCCCUAUGGGGGACCCCAACUCAAGGCCAAGGACUGGGCAUAUUGGAUGCUCAUAACACCUCUGGCCUGGCCCCUUUACUGAGAAGACUCCUUGGAUAUUUCCCAAGAACCCCCCACAUACACCCCUCACAAGCCACCCCUCCUGAGAGGCAGGGGGCCCUCCGCCCCCUCCCCAUGUAUUCCCCACCUGUGUUCCGUUUGACCAGCACAGAAAUAUUAAACGUCCUCUAUUCACCGGGCCCUGUGUGUGUCACCGAGGUGCGGGAGAGGAGGAGCAUUAAAGCUGAAAGAUCGCUCUGCUCAGGGAACCUGGGCAGAGCAGCAGCAAUGUGAGGGUCGCUGUGGUGGUGGUUUCUGUGAGUGGAUGGAAUGAGCAGCCCUGCAGGGGUGCUGGGCAUGUGCCCUCACUGUAGACAGGGCCCACCCACCUCCAGUUCCCCUGUGCCUCCUGUCCCUUCCACGCUUAAACAGGGUUCUCUGUCAUUUUCCUGUUUUCUUCCAGUGUCCCAAUCCUUCGCCCUAGUUCUUUCACUAGUUUGAAAUCCAAGUUCUUGCCAGAGUGUUGGAGAAGGCAGCUGAUUUGCUGCAGGGAUGGAGAGGACCACUGCCUCAGGGUUCCUUUACCUGUGCCACCUGCUCUGGAGACGUCCACCCCCAUGCCCAGAUGUCCUUCCGGGCCCAUUGUCCACGUCUUCAAGGGGGCUGCCUGGAUAAGCGUGUGUGUGUGUAGUCGUGUCCAGGUGUGGUGGUGGCAUCCUAAAGCAGUAGGACCCUUAGUGUGCAUAUACACCCACGUGGCACGCUGUGCGGUGACCAUAAUCAUCAUAGUCAUUGUGGGCUCACGGCAGAAAUGGGAUCAUUCAACCUGUACAAAGGGGACCCUGGAUAGGCCGCAAGGAAAGAGGCCAAGGGCCAAGCUGUUAAGCCAAAGAUGGGCCCUGACACUUCCCCCAGCCCCAGCACACCAGCCUGCGCCUCUUAUUCCGUCUUAAGUCCUGGUUCCCCACCUGCUGCCCCUCCUCAACAGAGCCCCUCCUGCCACCUCAGACCCCCGUGCACAUCCCCAGGGCCUCAGCCGUCUCAUUGGUCUUCUUUAUUUUUUAUUUUUUUUAAGAUGGGAGUUUCACUCUUGUUGCCCAGAUUGGAGUGCAGUGACACUAUCUCGGCUCACUGCAACCUUUGCCUCCCGGGUUCAAGCGAUUCUCCCGCCUCAGCCUCCCGAGUAGCUGGGAUUACAGGCAUGCACCACCACGCCAGGCUAAUUUUUUUGUAUUUUUAGUAGAGAUGGGGUUUCUCCAUGUUGGUCAGGCUGAUCUCAAACUCCCAACCUCAGGUGAUCCGCCGGCCUCGGCCUCCCAAAGUGCUGGGAUUAUAGGCGUGAGCCACCGCACCCGGCCCUCAUUGGUCUUAUGCCACCUUCUGGACACUCCCUCCUUGAGGGCAGAAAGGAGUCCCAGGCCUGUCCCUAGGGACAAGGCCCAGAAGAGUGUAUUUGGCGAGCAGGGGAGGGGAGGGUGUUGAGAAAGCUGAACUGGAGUCAAUCACCCUUUCCACAAAUCACCAAACUGCUGGAACUCUCCAGCCAAAUGCUAGGAGAAGGACCUGGAUGGUGAGUCUUUGCUGGCCUCUCUCUACUUUCAGGCAUGUCUUUUGUCCUUUUCCUCCAUCUGUUUCUGUCUGUCGCUCCCUCACCCUGCUUUCUCUGUCUCACCUUCAUCCACUCUGCAGGCCUGCUCCACCACAGCCCUAAUCCUCUGGACGCUUGUGUAGAGCCUGGGGUGAAUUCCCUGUCCCCCAUGGUACCUCGAGAGGGGCUGGGGAGCUCAGCUUGGUCUUAGAGUCUCCCCACCAGACACUGUUUAAAGAAGUAGCACUGAUGUGUAUUGUAAUCUGCCCCUCCCAGCCCUCCUGGAGGCUGCCAGGGCCUUGUACGGUAAACCUAGCUGCAUGUAAUCUGUGGACAAUGGCAUUCUCUACAAUGCAAUAAAACGAUUACCCAUGA